UCUCUCGGAACAGGCAAGGAAUGGCAAGUACCGUGAUAUACAGGCGAGUGUUAUCGGUGUCUCGGAACAGCUAGCAAAAGAUAAAUAGCUGAAAGGUCGAACAGAGGGAGGCGAAAGGUGUGCGACAGAUCUGAAAAUGAGGGAGAAGGAGGAGGAAAUGACACGUCGAGAUGGUAACCUCUGAAAAAGUGCAGAUCCAUCGUUUCGGAAUCCGAUAAAAGUGAACAAGAUUUCGUACGAUCCGAGUGAUCGAAUACAACGGGCAGUGAAUAAAAUAAUAUAUCUGGACGAGGGUGAAAGUUCGAGGGGAGGGAUAAGUGUUUAUUGCUGGCAAUAAAGACGAAUGUACAAUACCGUCCAUAAGUAUCAAAAGUAUUUCGAAAGGAUGUCUUUAGAAAUUUUUAUGCUUUAAAAUUUCACUCGGGAAAUUUUGAAACCUCGAAAUUUGAUCGUGUAAUUAAAGGUAAUAUUAAUUAGGGUAAUUGAGGGAGAAUCGAAAAUGUGGUAAUACUUGUGAACGAUAGUGUAUCUGAAGAGAGAAACCGAAAGGAGGUUAGUAGAGAGAAAUAGAUAGAGUAAAAGGGGCGAUAGGAAGGGGUGUAGAAGGGGGAUGAAAAGAGAGGGUGAGUGGCGCGCAGCAUCCGAACCAUCAGAAAAUAUACUCGAGAACGGCGUCGACAUCGGACAGUGCUGGUGAACGAAUCAGUCUGUUCGCGGGUGAAAAAGUGUGCCCUUUUGAGGGCAAUCGUGACAAAGAAGGGUGAGAGGCAUCGACUCCUAGUGACGUUCCCCUUGACAAUGUCCGCGGAUCCUGUCGACGACCUCCGCGUCGACAUUCCACAAGCUGAAUGCAACGAGUACACCAUUCAUUCAAAAUAACCAACCGCUUUAAGCUGGUUGUAUCAUAACAAAAUUAUUUAUUUACAGUAUGAAAAAUUCAUGAUACAACCACCUUACAUUUUUUCUAACAAUCUUCUUUGCUUUAUCUAUCAAUUUAUGGUGAAUGAGGUUUACGAAAAAAGGCAUUAUUGAAUAUCGAAAGAAUAGAAAAUGAAGUGAUAUGUUAAUGGUAUCAUGAAAUUAAGGUCAAGGACGGAAAUCAGGUCGGGUUCUGGUUGCAGUUUCGGGCAGCUCGAUGUCGAGGUCCAAGAACCUAAUGAGAUGACAUCCUCUUCUACCUGCUGACGUAAUUUUCAAGGAUGCAUCGCAAGAUGUGGUUACAGCAGAUCUUUAUUCUCUUGCGGAUGAUUUACUUAGUUGCCUGCGGUUUUAGUAAAAGUUCCAGGACCAAUCUUGAGAAUACAGGGGUAUCGGAUAGAUUAGAAAAUGUAACGCAAACUAUAUCGCGAAUCCUCGAUGGUUAUGAUAUUCGAUUGAGGCCGAAUUUUGGCGGUGAACCCCUGUUGGUUGGCAUGGAUCUUACGAUUGCUAGUUUCGAUGCAAUCUCCGAAGUGAAUAUGGAUUACACGAUAACGAUGUACUUGAACCAAUAUUGGAAGGACGAAAGGCUAGCGUUUUCCCAAGAAGAGGAAGUUCUUACACUUAGCGGAGAUUUCGCGGAAAAGAUUUGGGUACCAGACACAUUUUUCGCCAACGAUAAAAAUAGUUUCUUGCACGACGUGACCGAGCGUAAUAAACUCGUCCGAUUAUCCGGGGACGGAUCUGUCACUUAUGGCAUGAGAUUCACGACGACCUUGGCCUGCAUGAUGGAUCUGCACUAUUAUCCGCUCGAUUCGCAGAACUGCACCGUAGAGAUCGAGAGCUAUGGUUACACGGUGCUGGACGUGGUAAUGUAUUGGAAAGAAACUCCAGUUCGUGGCGUUGAAGAAGCAGAAUUACCACAGUUCACGAUAAUCGGUUACGAAACGAACGACCGUAAAGAAAGACUAGCCACCGGUAUAUAUCAGAGGCUUUCGUUAAGUUUCAAGCUUCAGAGAAACAUUGGGUAUUUCGUUUUCCAAACAUAUCUGCCUAGCAUCUUGAUCGUGAUGCUUAGUUGGGUCAGCUUUUGGAUUAAUCACGAAGCAACCAGCGCCAGAGUCGCUCUUGGGAUAACAACGGUGCUUACGAUGACUACAAUUUCGACUGGUGUACGUAGCUCACUGCCACGUAUCAGCUACGUAAAGGCUAUCGAUAUUUAUUUAGUAAUGUGUUUCGUUUUUGUAUUCGCGGCUCUGUUAGAGUACGCAGCGGUUAAUUACACGUACUGGGGUGCCAGGGCGAAAAAAAAGAGCAAAAAGAAAGAAACUGACGAGAAGAAAGUGGUUUCCUCGAAAUCAGGUAGAGUUUACUUUAAUCGAGACUCGAAAAGAAAAAGUGAUAGGAAGAAAUAUAAUUUUACAGGAAGUAAAGCAAGUUCUCCGUUUCCUGGUUCGACGGAAGCGGAUAUAAUAGAGCUUCAAGAUCUAAGAAUGUCCCCUCUGCCAAGUAUAAGAAAUAGAUCAGGAUUAUUGAGCAGUGGCUCGAUACCAGGAACGGGACGAGAACACGAUCCGGCCAAAUUUCCCCCUAGUUUUCGCAUUUCCAGAGUCGCUGCCUACAAUACUCAUGGAAGAAAUGCUGGUCUCAGAUAUAGGGGACCUAAACAACACAAACCUAAGGUAUUACACGCGAUACGAAGAGGAGCUUCCGUAUUACGAAUAUCAAUGCCGAAGAUUAAGGAUGUAAAUAUUAUCGACAAGUAUUCGAGAGUCAUAUUUCCGGUCAGUUUUAUGUUAUUCAACACAAUCUACUGGGUAUUCUAUUUUUUCUAAAUCACAAUUCUCUUAACGAACGACGAAGGAUAAAAAAGGACCAAUUGAUAAUCGAGAAUUCAAAUGGAAUUCCAUUGAAUAUCGAUUCGGUUUGAAUAUCGUGUUUUCAAAAAAGAUAAAAAUACGUAAAUUGAAAUCGACGUUCAAGCCGUGUAACUUAAACCGAAUUCUUUAUUCUCGAUCGAAGGGAGCAGAUAUCGAAAGUACUGAAUCGAAGCUGCCAAAUAUUUAUCAGUGGGAAGAUAUUUUCGAGAUACACCGAUUUAAGCUGGA